AUGGAUAUUGAGCAGCAGAAGAAAGAGCAACAAAAACAGCAUCACAUACAACAACAACAACGAGAGCAACACCAAGCACGAGGAGAACAGCAAGAAGUCCAACCUCAACAGCCACAACAACAGAACAGAUGGAAAUCUUGGUGGAAUUCUUCUACUGGUGAUCACAUAGAUACAGGAAGAGCUACAGAGCAAUUUAGUGGAUCUGAGAGGAGUACAUUGGCAACAGGAUUUCAGGAUGGUGUGAAUGAAAAUAAUAACAAUAACGGCAUAUGGUCCAGAAUUGCCUCUUUUGCAACAUCAAGAUAUAGGAAAAUACCGAUUAUAGUCGAUGAUAACACCCGGUAUUCUCAACUGAACACAGCACAAAUCGAUUUCUUAGAAAAUGAGGCUAAGGAGGUUAUUUCAAAAAAAUCUAAAUCAUGGUGCUGGUACGAAGCAAUCCCAAAUGUAUCAACUUCAUCGAACAUAUUGGAUUCUACAGAUACUCCAGGGAUCAUUAGUGUAUUUGGCACGGGAUCAGCCAAGUGUCCAUUGCCAUUAAACAAGUAUCCCGGUGACAGAGGUAAUCCCGGAUAUGAUGUAUUCAUCAAUGAUUCUUUGAUCUUGCCAUCGAAUAACCCUGUGAAUUUUUUACAUGUGCAGCCACUGAGAACUAAGAUAUUCAAUACUAUUAAAAACUAUUAUAACUUCCCAAAUGAACAACAUCUAUACUUAAGACAAAAUAGGACAGCACUACUGAAGAAUAAAAGAGUUAUAAUAAUAUCUGUUGUGGGAGAUUUGCCGGAAAAGUAUGAGCAACGCUCAUUAGAAUCACAGAGGUCAGCAUACUAUCUUUCUAAAAAGCUGUCACAAAAUUUGAUGCAUGAAAAACCUGAGAAAGUUUUGACCCUAUCGUUCCAGUGUCCGCUGCAUAAUCAAGAUUUAAUACCCACGUACAAAGAGUGUGUGGAAUUACUAAACCAUUGGGCUCAUCUUUUUAAAGGAGUAGAUUCGAUUUUUUUUGUGGGUGUUUAUCACAGUGUGCCCUUGACUUUGUUAUUAGCCAAAUAUAUCGUACAGAAUAAUGAAGUUUUGGAGUUUGAUGAAAACACUACAGUGGGCGUAUUGAAUUUUCAGUCGUGUUUACAAGGAUAUCGAUUUUGGGACCAUAGUACUGAUUUCAGCAGUAACAGUUAUAACAAUCUAAGUUCAAAUUCAAAUAUUAACGAAAACGACAGUAAUGAUUAUGAUUCCAACAAUGAUUUCACAACAAAAAGUCAACAAAUCAAAGAAAAACUGUUAUUUCAGGGUAUUGAUAAAAGACAACAAGAUAUGCUAUCAAAAAUCAAAAAAUAUAGGCGAAUAGAUUCUAAUGAAUCCAAACUAGUUCAAGAUGCGUUGGACUGGCUCUUAUUUAAUUGGGAUUCGUUUCGGCUGACAUUUUUUGGUAAGCUUUAUGAUAAUUUUAUGACAAUCUCGGAAAAACUUGCUAUAGAUUAUAAUCAUCCCAAAAUCUUAAGAAAUUUAUGGUGUAAUGGGAAGUAUAUGGGUAUUGACCUAAAAAAUGCCAACAAUUUAAACCUCGAUACUGAUGAUGACCAGGGGAAUAGUAGCAUAGAUGAUAUCCAUGUAAGAACGCCUAAUUUUGAGUCAAGAUUGAAAAUUCCUACUGAUAGACUUUUUGAAAUAACAUUAUGGGAUAUUUUGAUGAUAACGGAAAAUCUAGGAUAUAAGCAGUUCAUCCCAAUAAUCAAUUUGCUAAGUCCUUUUUUUAUUUCAAGAUCAUUUAAUGAUUACACUUUGCCGCCUAAUAUAAGGAAACAAUAUCAAAACGGCACAAAAAUUUGGCUCCAAGAAAUGGACGAUAAAUGGAAAACCAAUGGCCAUCAAUUCAAUCACGAUCAAAGAGAGGGUGAAAAUGCCGGCUCGUCAUCAGAAUCAUUAUUACCAGAGAAUAUUACCACAGUAAAGGAUUUCUUACAGUUUGUGCACUAUCAAAACGAAAAGUCUUCGGAUUUCGUGAAGAUAUAUUCUGACAUUUAUGAUGAUGAUGAGGUCUAUAAAUGUUUUCUGUACAAUACAAGUUUCACGAAAAACCCAUUGAGUCCAAAGCAUUUGCGUUUAAACAUCGACCUCGAUACUCCUACCAGCAUUCUGAACACUGUCAAUCAGUAUGAUUUGGUGUGGAAAAUUCAUGAUUCCUUUUCCAAAUUAAUUCGGUUGAAAAAUUUACCUCAGCGAGGGUUACCAUAUUCGCUAAGGCUUUCCAUCUCAUUGAACUGUUUUCUGGACAGUAUCACAACUACGUCAGACCCUGUCUUUCAAAGGGACAAUGUGGAGGCUUUGCGAAGACUAACUGAAAUUUGGCGGACUUAUCAAGACUGGUCUCCGCCAACAAGGGGUUUGAAACACCUACGUGAUAUACUUAGCGUUUUAGCCAUGUAUGACAACCCUAAAAACUUGAUCAACGAUGUUCGACGUACAUAG